UGUGUGCGGGCGCAUGUGUUUAUGUGUGCGAGUGCGAGACAGUGAGACUGGAGGUAGAGCGGCAGCCUUUCUCUCUCCUCUCAGUCUCAGCUCCCUCUCUCUCUCUACCACGCACAUUCUCUCUCCUCCACUCCUGCAGCCUGAGGCCGCGGCCGGCUCCAUCUCCAUGGGUAGCUACUAGCUUAUAUUGCAGCUCGGCCCUGCGCCCUCGCUCACCUCCUCCUCCUCCUCAUCUUCUUCUUCUUCUUCUUCUUCUUCUUCUUCUCGUCCUCGAUUUCUCCGUGCCGAGCUACACACGGCUGAAACAAAGAAAUCAAGAGAGAGAGAGAGGGCCGGCCGGGGGCGUCUGAGAAGAAUCAUAUAUAUCGAUCAGAUCGAUAGCUUCCGAUCCGCGGCCAUGGCUUUCCUGGUGGAGCGGUGCGGCGAGAUGGUGGUGUCCAUGGAGAGCUCGCCGCACGCCAAGCCGGUGCCGGCGCCGUUCCUGACCAAGACGUACCAGCUGGUGGACGACCCCUGCACCGACCACAUCGUGUCCUGGGGCGAGGACGACACCACCUUCGUGGUGUGGCGCCCGCCCGAGUUCGCCCGCGACCUCCUCCCAAACUACUUCAAGCACAACAACUUCUCCAGCUUCGUCAGGCAGCUCAACACCUAUGGCUUCAGGAAGAUCGUGGCAGAUCGGUGGGAGUUCGCCAACGAGUUCUUCAGGAAGGGAGCCAAGCACCUCCUCGCCGAGAUCCACCGGAGGAAGUCGGCGCAGCCGCUGCCGACGCCACUGCCACCGCACCAACCCUACCACCACCUCCAUCACCAUCACCUCAACCCCUUCUCCCCGCCACCCCCGCCUCCGACCCAGCCGGUGUACCACUUCCAAGAAGAGCCCGCCACCGCGCACGGUGUCCACGGCGGCAACAACAGUGACGGCAGCGGCGGCGGCGGGGACUUCUUGGCGGCGCUGUCGGAGGACAACCGCCAGCUGCGGCGGCGCAACUCGCUGCUGCUGUCGGAGCUGGCGCACAUGAAGAAGCUUUACAACGACAUCAUCUACUUCCUGCAGAACCACGUGGCGCCGGUGACGAGCCCCUCGUCGGCGGCGCACGCGUCCCAGCUUCCCAGCGCCGGCGCGGCGUCCUCCUGCAGGCUGAUGGAGUUGGACCCGGGCUCCCCCUCCCCGCCGCCACGGCCGGAGGCGGCGGACGCCGAUGACGGCACGGUGAAGCUGUUCGGCGUGGCGCUGCAGGGUAAGAAGAAGAAGCGGGCGCACAGGGAGGACGGCGACGACGACCAUGAGCAGGGAAGCAGCGAGGUCUAGCCGCCGGCCGGGCGGCCGGGCGGCUUGCUCUCGUGUACAUAUAGAGAUCAGAUCAGAGAGGAGUAGUUGCAUCCCUAGCUCGCUAGCUAGCUAGGCUUUGGUAAUUUCUUUUGAGUGCGUACUGCGUACUAAGAGAUUAAUUUGCAAGGGAUGCAAGCUAAGUGUUGAUUAGUCUGAUGAGUAAAACUAACAAGGAUGCAUGCUUGGCGUUCAUGGAUGAAUGAAAUCAAGUAGUUGGAGAGGCUUGCACCA